AUGAGCUGUUUGGAUGUUAUGUACCAAGUCUACGGCCCUCCCCAGCACUACUUUGCAGCCGCCUACAGCCCCUUUCACCAGAAACUCUCCUUUUACUCCAAAAUGCAAGAAGCUCCGGAGAGCGGCAGCAGCGCCGGCACCAGCAGCUCCUUCUCAAGCCACCCCGCGGCCAACAUCAAGGAGGAGGACUGCAGUCCCGAGAAGGAGCGACCUCCCGAGGCCGAGUACCUCAGCUCCCGCUGCGUUCUCUUCACCUACUUCCAGGGGGACAUCAGCGCCGUGGUGGACGAGCACUUCAGCCGGGCGCUCAGCCAGCCCAGCAGCUUCUCCCUCGGCAGCGCCAAGGCGGCGCGGAACGCCGGCUCCUGGAGGGAUGGCUCCUUCCCAAUGAUCCAGCGCAGCUUCCCGCCGUCCUUCUGGAACAGCACAUACCAGCCCUCCUCGGUCACAGCCACCCUGAGCAGCCCCCUGGCAGCUGCUGCCCACAGUGAGCUGCCCUUUGCUGCUACCGACCCCUACGCACCUGCUUCUCUGCACGGCCACUUACACCAGGGUGGCCCUGAGCCCUGGCACCAUGCCCACCAUCACCACCACCACCAUCACCCCCCCUACAUCGGGACACAGAGCACUGCCUACCCUCGCCCUGCUGCCAUGCAUGAGGUCUAUGGACCCCACUUUGACCCUCGCUACAGCUCGCUCCUGGUACCCACCGCCUCAGUACGCCCCCACCGCCUCACCCCUGCCUCCGUGCCUACGCCAGUCAGCCCACCCUGUGAACUGGGCAAGAGCGAGGUGAGCGCUGCUGCAGCCUGGACAACACCCGGACCCUUCCCCAGCACAGCAGGGGACAUGGCACAGAGCCUCGGCCUCAAUGUGGAUGCAGCUCGCCGUUACUCCUUCUGUGGUGGAUCCCUUCUGAGCUGA